UAUUUCUUCCACUCAACCCUCAAGUUGAAAAAAAAGAAAUGUUUAAGUCUUUCAAAGUUACUUGUCUUUAUAGUCUUGUAGUUAUUGUGUAAAUUAAUCUGGUUCUGCUCACUUCACUAAUUCAUAUAAAUCUUCCAAGGUUUCUCUAAAACUGUCCCUUUAUUUCACUAUAUUCAUAUAUAAUAAUUUGUUUAGCAUUCUCUAAUGAAUGACUGGUUCUUAAUUUCCAGUUCUUUGCCAUGAAAAAAGAACAAAACUUUUCCUGAUGAUAAUAGGGUCAGAGAUGAGGUUGCCUAUUCCCCAUACACUUUUAUUCCACAAGGUUCCAAAAUAACCUCUCAUAUCCCUCUGGGCCCUUUGCUUUCUUCAAGAGCCAUGUCUACCCUGUUCCCCUCACUACUUCCACGUGUCACUGAGUCCCUGUGGUUUAACCUGGACCGACCUUGUGUGGAUGAAAACGAGCUACAGCAGCAAGAACAGCAGCAUCAGGCUUGGCUCCAGAGUAUUGCUGAGAGAGACAACAACCUAGUACCCAUUGGGAAACCAGCUUCAGAGCACUAUGAUGAUGAGGAAGAAGAGGAUGAUGAAGAUGAUGAGGAUAGUGAGGAAGAUUCAGAAGAUGAUGAGGACAUGCAGGACAUGGAUGAGAUGAAUGAUUAUAAUGAGUCCCCUGAUGACGGGGAGAUUAAUGAGGUGAGGGAUCACCUCCUCAGAGCGCCCCACAAUCAGCUCCACCUGCCAGAGGGGGACAUGUGAGAGGGGAAGAGUGGGAGAAGAGAGAGAGACAAGAAGAAAAGUGCAAGGAGGGAAGAAGCGGC